AUGAAACCGGCCUCAAGAUUGAGACCUGGCCAGGAUGCUGAGGGACGAGUGACAGUACCUAGCGCAUCAGCCCGACCUCCGAUUGAAGAUACUGAUGGCCAGCCCAACUACGAUGAUGCGGAAUUGGAGGCAUCUGGGUACCGUCGAGAGAUGCCGAGGCAGUUCUCUACAUUUUCUCUGUUGGCUUUGUCCUAUGCUGUGAUAUGUACAUGGAAUGGUUUCGCCAGUGCCAUCGGCAAUGGUAUUAAGCAGGGAUCGUCUUCUGGCAGCAUAUUAAUGCUCAUUCCUGCGGCUUUAUUCAUUGGCAUUAUAUCAUUGGGGAUGGCUGAGUUGACUUCUGCAUUCCCCGUCGCCGGCGGGCAAUACUACUGGGCCUAUAUCCUGUCUCCCCCGAAAUGGGGACCAUUCAUUUCGUACAGCACUGCCGUAAUAAGUGUAUUGGGCAUUUGGCUUGGAGGCGCAAGUACAUGUAACUUCAUCUCUGGCAUGGUCCUAUCCAUCGUGCAGUUUAUGAAUCCCGACUACAUCAUCGACCCAUGGCACAAGUAUCUUGUCUACGUGGCUAUCAUGGUACUUGGAGCCACUAUCAACAUUGUUGGAGCCCGAAAACUACCGGCUUUGACUGGCUUCAUCUUCGUAUUUUCCAUGGCAACCCUAGUAGUAACAACUAUUACAAUGCUCUUCUGCAGCUACCCCAACUACAACUCGGCCAGGUGGGUAUUUACGGACAACACGAUAUCCAGCGGAUGGGAAAGUCACUCUCUCGCAUGGGUGCUUUGCUUCGUCAAUAAUCUCUAUGGGUUCCUCGGAACGGAUGCCGGUGUCCACAUGACGGAGGAAAUCCCGAAUCCCACUGUUACUGCCCCCAAAGUGAUCAUCUACCCAGUAAUAAUCGGACUGGCAACAGUUUUUCCGUUUGCAUGCACUUGCAUGUUCGUCAUCAAGGACAUUGAUGAGAUUCUGAAUGCACCUAGUGGACUCCCCCUGAUCCAGCUGUACUAUCAAGCAACAGGGAGUCGAGUCAUAACCGUACUUCUCAUGGUCGCCUUCGCAAUAUGCUUCUUUGCUUGCGUGGUCGCAAUCAUAACGGGGUCGUCCCGAGCACUGUGGUCUGCUGCACGCGACGAAUGCUUUCCGCGAUCCGAUUUGUGGAAGCAGAUAAGUCCAAGAUUCGGAAUGCCUCUCAACGCUGUCAUAAUACAGGCGGCAUUUUCCAUCGUCUAUGGAUUGGUGUUCGUUGGGUCAGAGACGGCAUUUGAGCUCAUGGUGAGCGCUUCUAUCAUCUUUCUGGUCGGAUCCUACGUCAUCCCACAGGCCAUUCUCCUAUUCGUGGAUCGUGACGAGCUUCUCCCUGAGCGACCAUUCAGCUUGGGACGAUUUGGCUACGCUGUUAACUUCAUAUCGACAAUCUGGACUGUGUUGCUGGUAAUCGCCUGCUGUCUUCCCACUGAAUAUCCAAUAACACCUUACAACAUGAAUUACAACAGCAUUGUGGCAUCGGUAUUGUUCUUCUUAACUUGGUUAGGGUGGGGUUUUUCGAGAAAGGGUGUCUUCCGUGGGCCAAGCAUCGACAAAGCUACGCUCGCGUCAACGAGACGAAGGUAUUUGCGUGCGUCUACAGUAGAUGCGCACACACCGCUGCUUGAGACACAAUGA